CCCCCGCCCCACAAGGCCUCGCCGCGACCAGGCCCGCCUGUCCCGAGCCGAGUCCGGCUGCGCGCCCCGCCGCAAGCAUGAGCGCCCCCGCCGCGCCCCCUAUCUUCGCCCCCGGCGAGAACUGCAGCCCCGCGUGGCAGGCGGCGCCCGCGGCCUACGACGCGGCGGACACGCAGCUGCAGAUCCUCGGCAAGCCGGUGAUGGAGCGCUGGGAGACCCCCUACAUGCACGCGCUGGCGGCUGCCGCCACCUCCAAAGGGGGCCGAGUGUUGGAGGUGGGCUUCGGCAUGGCCAUCGCAGCUUCCAAGGUGCAGGAGGCCCCUAUUGAGGAGCACUGGAUCAUCGAGUGCAACGACGGCGUCUUCCAGCGGCUCCAGGACUGGGCCCAGCGGCAGCCACACAAGGUGGUUCCCUUGAAAGGCCUGUGGGAGGACGUGGCACCUGCCCUGCCAGAUGGCCACUUUGAUGGGAUCCUGUAUGACACCUACCCGCUCUCCGAGGAGACCUGGCACACACACCAGUUCAAGUUCAUCAGGGACCAUGCCUUUCGCUUGCUGAAGCCCGGGGGCCUCCUGACCUACUGCAACCUCACUUCCUGGGGGGAGCUGAUGAAGACCCAGUACUCCGACAUCACCGCCAUGUUUGAGGUACGCCGGGAGCUCCACUGGUGGGGGAGGGGUCCCUGCCCCGCCCCUCACUCUGCCCCCCUCCAGCCACCAGGACUUUACAGGGUUAGGCAGGCUGUCCCUGCUGUGUGGGCGACGUGCGGAGGCCAGCCUGCUGAUGCCCCACAGUGGGGCAUUGCUCCCUGAGCUUAGACGCCUGGAGGGGGCCCUCGCAGCCAUGGGCUCUCCUGUUUCUGUGGGCUAGCGGCCAGGCUGCGAGCCUGGCUCUCAGGGGCCUCGGCAACUGUACUGCCGUCCUGGGAAAAGUGGGCCCCAUGGCCCCGCGAGUGACACCCCUCACCCCCACCAGGAGACGCAGGUGCCCGCCUUGCUGGAGGCGGGCUUCAGGCGGGAGAACAUCGGUGUGGAGCUGGUGGAGCUGGCCCCGCCA